CUCCCUCAAACGAUUUGCUUCAGUCCGAAAGGGUGCCUCAGUUCAUCGCACGUGUAGGCUGCUGACUUCUGACAGAAACAAAAUAGCAUGGAUCCACCAGGAGAUGAACUUGUUUUCUUUGUAAACGGGAAAAAGAUUUUGGAGCGAAAUGCAGAGCCAGAGAUGACACUCUUAACUUACCUCAGGAGAAAAUUGGGUCUGACUGGGACCAAGCUGGGCUGUGCAGAAGGAGGCUGUGGGGCUUGCACCGUCAUGGUCUCCAAAUUCAACCAGCACCAGAACCGCUUGGUGCACCAUGCGGUUAACGCCUGUCUGGCCCCCCUCUGCUCUCUACACCACUGUGCUGUCACCACUGUAGAGGGCAUCGGCAGCGUGGCCAGCAAACUACAUCCCGUUCAGGAGCGGAUAGCCAAAGCCCAUGGCUCCCAGUGCGGCUUCUGCACUCCUGGGAUCGUGAUGUCCAUGUACUCGCUCCUGAGAAAUAACCCCCAGCCAACCAUGCCAGAUGUGGAAGAGGCUUUUCAAGGUAAUCUGUGCCGAUGCACAGGCUACAGACCCAUUCUGGAGGGCUACAAAACAUUUACAAAGGAGGGGGGCUGCUGUGGAGGGAAGGGAAAGACAAACGGAUGCUGUAUGACGAAUGGAAACACCGCAAACAAUGGCUACACCAAUGGACACAAGGAAGACCACAUCAAUGGGAAUUCAACCAUCUCAGGCCAACCACUAUACGACCCAUCAGAGUUCAUGCCUCUGGAUCCUACACAGGAAGUCAUAUUUCCACCAGAGCUAAUGAGCAUUUGUAAGGAGCCUCUGCUGGAGGUGAGGUUCAAAGGGGAGCGGCUGCUGUGGGUUCAGCCCAGUUCCCUCCCAGAACUCCUAGAGCUAAAGGCCAGUUAUCCAGAGGCUAAACUGGUGGUCGGGAACACAGAAGUAGGUAUUGAGAUGAAGUUCAAAAACCUGCUGUACCCGGUCAUCCUCUCCCCUGUCCACAUCCCAGAGCUCAACAGCGUACGCCACACCAAGGAUGGCAUUGAGUUUGGGUCGUCGUGCACAUUGACCGCCAUGGGGGAUGUGUUGCGCACAGCAGUGGACAAGUUGCCGCCGCAUCAGACGGAGGUCUUCAAGGCCGUGCUGGAGCAGCUGCGAUGGUUUGCGGGCUUGCAGAUCAGAAACGUUGCGGCUGUCGGAGGAAACAUAAUGACAGCCAGUCCCAUCUCUGACCUAAACCCUGUAUUCAUGGCUUCGGCAUGCAAGUUAACGCUCAUGUCCAAAGGAGGAACACGUGUGGUUGAGAUGGACGGCCAGUUUUUCCCAGGAUACCGUAAAACCGUCCUCAGGCCUGACGAGAUCCUGCUGGCCAUUGAAAUUCCGUACACGAAAAAGGGCCAGUAUUUCUCUGCCUUCAAGCAGUCGCCCCGCAGAGAGGACGACAUCUCCAUCGUCACCUGUGGGAUGAGCGUGUCCUUUCAAGAGGGCUCCAACGUUGUCAAGGACCUGCGGCUCAGCUACGGAGGAAUGGCACCAACCACCGUCCUGGCCAGUAAGACCACCAAGAAGCUACUCGGCAGGCCAUGGAAUGAGAGUCUUCUGGAAGAUGCCUGCGCAUCCCUGGCGGAGGAGAUGACUCUGGCCCCGUCUGUGCCCGGAGGGAUGGUGACCUACAGACGCACCCUGACCAUAAGCCUCUUCUUCAAGUUCUACCUGACAGUCCAGCAGAAACUGGCACAAGAUGGAGUUGUUGUAGAAGAUGUUCGCCCAGACUAUCGAAGCGCCACGGAGAUCUUCCACGCAGAAACUCCCUCGAGUGUCCAGCUAUACCAGGCUGUGCCUAACGGACAGAAGGCUGACGAUGUUGUGGGCCGGCCCGUCAUGCACCUGUCAGCCCUGAAGCAGGCCACCGGCGAGGCGGUUUACUGUGACGACAUCCCCUGCUAUGAAAACGAGCUCCAUCUAGCCCUGGUCACCAGCACCAAGGCAUACGCACGCAUUAAAUCCAUUGACACAACAGAGGCGUCUGCAAUCCCUGGAUUCGUGACUUUUGUGUCAUGUAAAGACAUCCGUGGCAGCAACAUGACGGGACCGGCAGUCUACGAUGAGACGGUGAUGGCGGAGGACACGGUUUCGUGUGUAGGUCACAUAGUGGGAGCGGUGGUGGCCGACACCCAGGCACACGCCCAGAGAGCAGCCAAGGCCGUGAGGAUCUCCUACGAGGAGAUGCAGCCUGUCGUCACCAUCCAGGAUGCCAUAAAAUGCCAGUCAUUUUACCAACCGGUGAGGACCAUCAAGAAAGGAGACGUAGCUCAAGGAUUUAAAGAAUCAGACCACAUUCUCCAAGGUGAGAUCCACAUGGGAGGCCAAGAGCACUUCUACCUGGAGACCAACUGUACCCUGGCCAUCCCGCGGGGGGAGGACGGAGAGAUGGAGCUCUUUGUGUCUACACAGUCGGCCACUAAAACACAGGCUUUGGUUGCCAAGGCGCUGGGAGUGCCAGCCAGUCGUAUUGUCUGCCGUGUGAAGAGGAUGGGUGGAGGCUUCGGUGGGAAGGAGAGCAGGAGCACACUCCUCUCAACUGUAGUGGCUGUAGCAGCACAAAAAGUCAAAAGGCCUGUGCGCUGCAUGCUGGACAGAGACGAGGAUAUGCUGGUUACUGGGGGUCGACACCCAUUCUAUGGUUGUUACAAGGUUGGCUACAUGAAUUCCGGAGAAGUCAAGGCUGUCGAAGUAACUUUUUACAGCAAUGCCGGGAAUUCCAUGGACCUGUCAUUAUCAAUUAUGGAGCGCGCUCUGUUCCACAUGGAGAACUCCUACAACGUCCCCCACAUGUGUGGCACCGGCUACAUGUGCAAGACCAACCUGCCGUCCAACACGGCCUUCAGGGGCUUCGGCGGCCCGCAGGGGAUGAUGGUGGCCGAGAGCUGGAUGAGUGACGUGGCACUGGCCUGUGGAGUGCCAUCGGAAGAGGUAAGGAGACUGAACCUAUACAAGCAGGGAGAUCUCACUCCAUUCAACCAGUGCUUACAGCAGUUCACCAUCGAUCGCUGUUGGCAAGACUGCUUGGAAAUAUCUAACUAUCACCAAAGAAAGGCAGCUGUGGAUGACUUUAAUAGGCAGCAUCGCUGGACGAAAAGAGGCCUCUGCAUGAUUCCCACCAAGUUUGGCAUCAGCUUCACUGCUGUUUUCCUCAACCAGGCAGGUGCUCUGGCGCACAUCUACACAGAUGGAUCUGUAUUGCUAACCCACGGAGGGACUGAGAUGGGUCAAGGUCUGCACACCAAGAUGAUUCAGGUUGCCAGCAGGACACUGGGCAUCCCCAGCUCCAAGAUCCACAUCACUGAGACCAGCACCAACACUGUGCCCAACACCAGCCCCACUGCUGCCUCAGCCUCCUCAGACCUCAACGGCAUGGCUGUCCACAAUGCCUGUAGCACCCUCCUGCAGAGGCUGGAGCCCUACAAGGCCAAGAACCCCACAGGCACCUGGGAGGACUGGGUCAGAGCCGCAUACUUUGAUCGAGUGAAUUUGUCAGCCAAUGGUUUUUACAAGACCCCGGAUCUUGGUUAUGACUUUGACACCAACUCAGGAAGGCCGUUUAAUUACUUCAGCUAUGGAGUGGCGUGUUCUGAAGUGGAAAUCGACUGCCUGACCGGAAGCCAUAAGAAUGUACACACCUCCAUAGUGAUGGACGUGGGGAAAAGUCUGAACCCCGCCUUGGACAUUGGACAGGUGGAGGGGGCAUUCAUGCAGGGUGUGGGCCUGUACACCCUGGAGGAGUUGAGGUACUCUCCACAGGGUUACCUCUUCACUCGGGGCCCUGGCAUGUACAAGAUCCCUGCCUUCGGCGACAUCCCCACGGAGCUCAAGGUGUCCCUGCUGAGAGACGCCCCCAACGAAAGGGCCAUCUUCUCAUCAAAGGCUGUGGGGGAGCCUCCUCUGUUUCUGGCUUCUUCUGUGUUCUAUGCCAUCAAAGAGGCCAUCGCAACGGCCAGGUCAGAAUCGGGCCUGAGUGGCCCUUUUAGACUGGACAGCCCAGCCACCCCUGAAAGGAUCCGCAACGCCUGCGAGGACGGUUUCACCAAAUUGUGUCCUCCUGCCCAGCCAGGCACCUUUACACCUUGGGAUGUCCAAGUCUAACCCAAACAAACUGCUCCAUCGAUCACCUGACCUUAGACACUGCUGCUAUUGGUUGCUUUGGAUCCUGGUCUUUCACCACAGAGGACUCAGAGCAGGGCUGGACUGGCCAUCUGGCAUAGCGGGCAUUUCCUGGUGGGCCCUGCACCCUCGUGGGCCCCUAAUUUUUUUUUUCACAUUUCUGAAAUGAAGGGCCCACGAGGGUGCAGGGCCCACCGGUGACUUAGUUUGGUGCCGCUAAUUAUGAGAGGCCCGUGUAGCGCCUUAAUGCACGCCGUACCUCCUGUGGCACGCAGUAAUACACAUUGGAAGUUAACUACUAUAGUACUACACUACUAUUACUGUGCAUGGGGCCUAUAGUAACACAUUAUGACUUGGUCAUUGCCACUCUGGUAACAGCUAAUUUAUAAUGCCGCGUCUUAAGGGGUUAAGUCAAAAGUGCCUGGGCCCUAUUUCUCCCCCAGUCUUGCCCUGACACAGAGGAACUGGAAAAGAGAUGGGCCAUGCACGCAGCGCAAGUGAAAACAUCCAGACAGCCUUUCACCCUGUUCCGACCAGACCAAGGCAAACGCGCCCCACAUGUCCACCAUUGCACUCAGCUGUUGUAUUUGUCUUAAUCAAACACAAACGUUGCGUCAGUGCACCCAAAUGUUAUGCAACAUUGAGCAAUGAUAAACAGAGAUAAAACACAGAAACAUUCAGAUUAAUUAAUAUUUCUAUCGCACAUUAAAAUUGUCAGAUAUACUUACACAUGCAGCAUUGCAUAAAUAAUAAUAUAUUAACAACUUUGUUUGACUUACAGUAUUCACACUGAAUAAUAAUCAAAGAACAGAUAUUUACCAGAGUACGUAUUACAGAAUAUGAUAACUGAAUAAUUUCCAACUGUACAAAAUCAAAAGUCUCUUUUUGGGACAUGGUUGCUUAUUAUAAUUAUGUUGUUUUUUGAUUUCAACAAUAAAUAUAUGUGGUUCAAUUA